CCUGGAAAGUAAUAUGCUUUGGGACCCUCGAACUACCCACUUACGGGAAUAAACUUAAUUUUUCAAUCAUUCAUAUGAAUAAUUUACUUAAAAAAAGACCUUAUAUAAAAUCUGUAUCUUAAGUUUUUAGGAAAAAAUUGCUUUAAAAUCAACUUAUCCACGGUAUCAAGAGUUCUCUUAUGAAAUAUUUGGCAACAUCUGGCACCUUAUGACAGCCCGUUGAAGGUUUUCAUAAGACACGAGAACCAUGCAGCGAGUGACAAAAAUAACUCGACUCUGUUACAAUAAUUAUAUUAGAUAAUGUAACUCCGUGAUAUCUGCAUGGUUGUCGCGUUCCCUAUUUUCUACAGCGACGUCAAAAAACUUAUCUCGCUGCUCUCUUUGUAAGGUGGACUGGUGAUCGUGGAAGUAAAAAAUGACUUUAUUCAAGAUGAUGUCCACAUUCCCCGAAAAAAUUUAACUUGAAAGUCUGGGUCCCAGUGGUAUUUGCAUAGACGAUGAAAGGGAACGAAUUGCUACUGGAUCUUUUUUACAUAAAUGGUCAGACACAUAUACAAUCAUUUGUGGCAAAAUUUUAAUAAUGAAUGAAGUCUUUGUACCUUGCGAAAUAAUUUCGGUGUUUGAUGUCGAGAUGUUACUGGUAACUAUGAAAUUAGAAAAAACGGAAGAACUACAUUAUCCGUCGACGGAGUAGCUUAUUGCUAAAGGAAUGUUUUCAUUUUUAUUUAAAGGGCGAAAAUAGUUCAAUCCACAUUUAGAGCUAAAUACGUUCGUAUUCAUGCACUAAUUCACAACACACCUUGUACAAACAUAGUUAUCUUGUUGACUAGAAUAUUUGGCCUAACGUCAACAAUUUACCUCUACAACAGAUGUGAAUUUGAUUGCUUAAGGCAAUUUGUCACUGACAGAUGAUGAUUUACGACCUUGGGACGCCUAAGAGGUAAAGGCACAUAUAAGAUUAAGCUGAGUGUGAGUCGACAGGUCACAUCCCUCGAGUUGAGCAGAGGCUGCAGUGGCAUUGGAAAGAUGAAUCUCUCUCUCGCAAUGUUCCUGGGGGUGUUCGCUCUGGUUGUGGGGAGGAUUUCUUCUUCCUACGCUCCUGGGCUACGACUCGACACCCUGGCAUGUGACAGUGUCAAUACCAUGAAUCCUGGAGAAAGAGUUAUUGUUCAGUCGCCGAAUUUUCCGUCUAAUUACCCUUCUUCUUCAAGAUGCCAGUAUGAGAUAACUUGCAAUACUGAAGCUUCAACGUACUUGGAGUUCAUCUGCCCUGUCUUCUCACUGGAAUCCUCCACGGACUGUUUGGCAGAUCGCCUGAUCGUAACCUCGCGAGGAGCCAGAGAAGAAAAAUGUGGGACUAACACUCCAGACGGCACGAAAACCUCAACAGGUUGGACUCGCUUGACUUUUGCCAGCAACGCCCAGACGACUGCUCAAGGAUUCAGAUGUUAUAUCUGGUGUUGGGAAAUUCCAACGACAACAACCACCACCACAACUACUACCACCACGACUACGCCAACAACCACGACUACGCCAACAACCACGACUACGCCAACAACCACGACUACGCCAACAACCACGACUACGCCAACUACCACGACUACGCCAACUACCACGACUACGCCAACUACCACAACACCUACUACAACUACCACAACACCUACUACAACUACCACAACACCUACUACAACUACCACAAUUCUGCCAACAACUACAGUAGCAAUUACUACAACUACGCCAACAACCACACCUACGACUACUACGCCAACAACCACAACAGCAUCUACCACAACACCUACGACUACUACGCCAACAACCACAACACCUACUACAACUACACCUACCACGACUACGCCAACAACCACAACAGCAUCUACCACAACACCUUCGACGACUACGCCAACAACCACAACUACUACGCCAACUACUACUACAACGCCUACAACUACUACUACAACCACUCCAACAACUACGCCUACAACAACCCCAACCUCCACCGUUUCUACAACCCCAAAACCAACGCCAACUGUAUCUUGUUAAUGAACGCAAUAAGCUAUGGUAGGAGAAGAAAAAGAAAAUCAUAGUAUUUCCCCUGCCUAGGCCUGUAUGCUUCAAGACCAGAGAAAUCAUGGUUACUGUGUAUCUAGGUUUGUGCAUAGCAUUGGACACUUUCCUUGCAAAUUAUAUACCGUACUGUUCUCGUAAGGGUUGGCCAAUGUUUAUGAAAUUUGCCGGAAUAAAGAUUGCACAACUGCA